AUGAAGAAAUUCUUGGCUUAUUUAGCCCGAUAUGGAACUCCAAUAUGUUUAACAAUUUCUGGUAUUCUUUCAAUACUUGUUAUUAUUCCAUUUGGAUUUGGAUUACCAAGUCAUACAUUUGAUAAAAAAACAAAUACAAAUUUAGCAGGAAAGAAUACAGGAAAAUUAUCAUGUUCUGAUUAUUUCAUAGAUAAUUCUCAUGCUAUUUAUUAUAAAUUACCAAAUAUUGAUUAUCAUUUUCAAUGUGGAUAUUCUGUAUUUAAUAUCAUUCUUACAUUUUUAUUUGAAAUUAUUAGUGUAGUUGAAAUUGUAUUAUUCUGGGUAUUUGUUUUAAUUUGGAGAAAAAAAAAAUUAAUAACAUUUAUUGUGUAUUGUUGUUUACUUAUACCAAUAAUUAUGCAAUGUUAUUUAUUAGUUCAUCAUUGUUCAGAAAUUCAUGAAGGAAGUAAAUCAUGUAAAAAAGUAAAAGUAGAUGCUCAAGCUCAAUGUUCUAUUCUUCCAUUUGUUUUUACACCAGUUGUUGAUAGUUUUAAUGUUGUUUUCUUAUUUAUAGGAACUGGAUUAGGAACAGUUUUAUAUUUCUGUAGACCACGAGUAAAUAAAGCACUUGAUGUUGAAAAUACUAAUGGAGAAUAUAAAAAAGGUCUUGUUGAAGGAAAAAAAGGUAAAUCUAAAAAAGUUGAAGAAGAAGAAGAUCCAAUUAAAGAUAUUAAGAAUGCAGCAACUGGUAUUGCUGUAAGUGGAAUGAUUGAUUUCACUAAAUUUGCUUCAAAAUAA